ACGACGCGGUACGCACCGAAAUCUGUUCCGCCCCGGCCAUCCGUUUUCGCUCGUGCUUGCUUGCUUGGAGGGAGAGUUUCCAGCCCCUUAAAACGACCAGAGCCUUCCCCCCCCCCCUUCCCCCCGGGCGUCCACCACCACGUCUUUUGUACAACACAAAACAUCCGCGCGUCAAUUUUUGGAAACACGGAGUAUUGCGAUUUUUUGCCGUUUUUCUCCUUCUCGAAAAAAAAUUCACGGAGAAUAUUGCUCGCUUCCUCAGGGGAGAUCGCUGUCCCGUCGAAACCUCGUCACAUUCCUCGAUCGAUCGAUCUGCCUCUUGCCACAAUGAGGGCCACAAAUAUUUUACUUGUCGCACUGCCCGCUGCUGUUCAGGCAGCAGAUGCCACGCCGGCUCCCGCUCCUGUCGAUCUCGCUGCCCAUGUGCCCACCAUCACGCCCUUUGCCUCCCUGCUAGAUAUCCAGGGCGCGGGAGAUAACACACGAGAGAACAUCAUUGAGAUUCGUCAGGUGGCCGGCGAUGAUGCUGCCGCGGCUGUUGCUGCGACCACUUCAUCAACAACCACCAUCCCCGACCAGUGGGCCUCACCUUCAACAGGGAGCAUUGGCCUAGGAUCUCUGACGGGGACGGUCGGGGCAACCGAGACCGUGACCGUCAGCGAGGGUACCCUAGGCCAAACGCCGUGGGUGGGGAUGGCUAUCGGCCUGACCUUCACUGCCCUCGCUGCAGUGAUGCUGGGGUAGUCCCAAGCCAUACGACUUUCACCCCAACGACGAACGCUACCGAAUAUUCGCAUAUGGAUCUUCUGCCCGGCGCAGCAGGCUCCUCGAGCAUAUUGUCUUCUGUUUUAUAUCUCCCUCACGAUCUCACCGUUAAUAUUCGGCUUCGACUUCUUUUUUUCCCCCUCCAUUCUCAUCUCGCGUGUCAAGAUCAUUGAUCCGCCGCGAGCCCCCGUUUUCAAUUCUGGCGGGGGUUUUUUUUU